GGUUAGAUAUGUGGGUAUAUAAAGAUGUCUUAAGAACUUCGUAGUGAGUGUUGUGUAUAAAGCCGAACGCGCCAAGUAAACGCAGAACUUUCCGAAGACAACAGUUACACAGAACGCACGUGAACGACACUUGGUGUUCAGAAAAUUCUAACGUGGCAAAAACAGAAAAGUUGUUAUAAAAAUGAUUUUGCAAUUUUUGAUAUUAACGGUUGUGCUGAGUGCGGGUAUACAGGCUAUACCCAACUUGGAGCAGCAACCCAUACGCCCAACCACAUUUCAGGAACAAGUAGCCUAUUGGGCCACACAUCAUUCUCCAGUUCAUACCGUACAAGGUGUUAUGGCAGGAUCAGCAGUUGAACAGCAACAACAUGACGCGGUGACACAGUCUAAUAGCGCACAACAAACAGCAUUUGAUACACAUGCAGCUGUAGUUGGCAAUACUGGUGUACAUUCACCUCAUAUACUCCCUUCCCCGGAGCCAGCUGGAGUACAACACGUUCAUGAUGAUGACAUUAAAAUGGAAAACUAUGAUGGCUACUACGAAUAUCAACCAUACUAUGAAGAUCAAGUCACGGUUUUUCCAUUCCACGAUGAGGAGGACACCAGUGAGGAACAAGAAGUUUGGCCACCCGUCGGCAUAUUUCCACCACCACCGCCGCCGCCAAUUAGACCAACAUAUUAUCCACCAUAUUAUCCAACCACGGCGAGACCACCAACACGUCCCAGCACAGUACGUCCACGCCCACCGCACUAUCCUACACUCUAUCCUCAGAAGCCACCGCAUUAUCCACAAUACCCGAUAAGUAUUUUGCCACAGCUGCCACAUUAUCCACGUCCCACAACUGCACGGCCCACUACUACCACUAAACGACCCACUACCACUAAACGGCCAACAACACAACGUCCGAUAUAUACCACGACGCCUGUCUACCAGAAACCCGGUAGUGGUGAUGAUGUUGUUGUGCUGGAAAAUUACCAAAUCCUUUCCGAUAAGGGUAUUAAAGAAUACAAACUGCGUCUGAGCAAUGGCUUGUCCGAUUACAAGAAGAUAACAAAGAAGCAUAUUGGUAAGGAUACAAUUUAUGUACAGUCCGGUUACUACUCGGUGCCGGUCGAUCCCAAGAAGAAUAAAUUCAACAUAAUUCAUUAUAUUGCCGAUGAGAAGGGUUAUCGCAUUGUCGGUGUACAACCUUGCUCAAGUGUGUAUCAAUGUAAAGGUUUGGAGGAGUGACGUUGUCGUUGAAUCAGUAUUAUAGAUCGAACCAAUUUUGCGAGAAAUUAUACCUAAUAUUAUAUACAUAUGUACCGUUGUAAUGAAUAUAUAAAAUUCUUUUAAAACAAAUAAUUGUGUACAUUAAUUCUUAAUGUGAGGGGAAAUUAGUUUUUAAUUUUAGUUAAGUUCUAGGCUGGUUAACUACCGUGUCUACCAAAAAUAUGUUCCUCAGGGCGAUUUUAAUUAUUUCAGUCGACAAUCAAGUGAAAUACAUAACUAAAGCUAGUUUAUGUCGCGAUAUUAGAUGAGUUGAUCUAAUAUGCCUCUGAAUCGUUGGCUAUCAUCACUCGACAACUUUUUACAAUAUACUAAUUUCGUAGUAUAGGGCUGGGAUCGGUUCUUUACUAGUACUAAUCGUACAAUGCGGAUAUUCUUCAUUCAGGGAUAAUAUAA